GUGUCAGUUCAUUGAAGAGUACAGACUGUGUUAGAGGCUUUUAAGUUGACGUGAAUAAAUAGUUUGUAUGGUGAAGGUGUGAGAUUUUCUGCAAAGAAAAUUUUAUGAGAAGUGCACAUUGUGAAUCGAAUGUUGCACUUAAGAGCCUGAGAGUGAGAGCAUUUAUUUGGAAGGAAAGCGGGGAAAGCCCAAAGAAAGCACUACCACACACAGUUCCACCAUACAGAAACAAAUUGAUUAUUAGAUUUCGUAUCUACUCUCGUGAACUCACAUACUCACAAAAAAAAAGAAAUUCGCUGUCUAAUCCAAUCAUUUAUAUAAUUUUAAAGCAAUGACUGUCGUUUUUUCGCAAAUUUAUCUAGAUGGAAGUUUAGUCAAUUAAAUGUUGCAACAGCAACUUCUCUGGAGUUUCUUUUGUGCCAAAGUGUGAUUUUUGCCACAAACAUGCAUUGCUUCAAGCAAGUCAUCUAUUUUACUGCAGCUGACAAUGCAACAGUUUGAUGCCUAAGACGCUCCUUCGUAAAGAAUAAAGUUUAACAUCUUUAUGCAGAAACAAGUGAUUCUUUCUUGUGCAUCUUACACCAAAGCACAACAUAAAAGUAUUUGUAUUACUAUAGUAAAACGAACAAAUUAAAGAGAACUUCCUCAAUAAAUUAGAAAUCGCGAGCGGUAGAAUGUCUGUGAACUAUUUCUUUUCAAGUCCAUAUACAGUAUUCAGAAUAGAAAUGUUAAAAGAAAAAUUUAAACAAAUACCAAAGACUCAUAAAGCAUUAGCAGUUGCUGCAUGGUUCGCUGUGAUUGAAUGUGGAUGGUUUCCCCACAAGCAAAGAGAGUUCCUAUGCAAGGAUCCAUCAUUAUCCUUUAAAUACAAUGGAGAUACUGUAACAGCAACAGUUCUGAUCUUGUCUACAUUUCUACCAUUCUUCGUUUUAUGGGUAACUGAAGCAAUUUUUGCUAAGCCCACAAGUUUGAAGCUUUCACGCACGAGAACAUCACUAAAGAGAGCAUUCUAUUGGUUUAAAAAAUACUACGUGGGAAUUUUAAUGAAUUUAGCUCUAGUUGAAACACUGAAAGUCGUUGUUGGAGGUCUCCGUCCUCAUUUCUUCUACUCAUGCCGUCCCGAUGUCAUGGAUGUAUGCAUGCCCGGGGAAAUAAUUUUUCGGUACGCAUGCAAGAAUACCGAACCAAGUUAUGCUUUCAUACGUGACACACAGAAAUCCUUCCCAUCUGGACAUUCAUCGGUAUCCUUUCACGUGGCCAUUUUCUUAGUUUGGUACUUCCAGAAGAGGAUUCCAAAGCUUAAAUGCUUCCUCCUUAUUCCAUUUCUUCAAACUCUCUGCUUCUCGUGGGCGUGCUUCUGCUCAAUGUCACGGAUAACAGAUCAUCGACAUCAUUGGUACGAUGUCCUAGCAGGAGUAUGUUUAGGGAUGCUUUUUGGAUUUUUUUGUUGCAAAACAUCUUGCAAUAACUUCAAAGGCUGUCGAACUUCCCCAAAUCUCGACGCAACAAUCCAAAAUGGAGUAAUUUCAAGGAAUUCUUAUAAGGAUCGAGAGGAGACAUCCCUAAAUGCAGUAUAGUAGAAAGACACCCUAACGAUAUUGUCUGUGAUAUUAAAACUGUAUUAGUAUUUUUCCAAAUUGAAACCACAAAGUUUAGUUGAUUUUAACAUUCAGCUUAGAAGCCUCUAAUUUCAAUUCAUGGUUCGUCCUUUUAUGUUCAAGAUUAUCUAUUUUAAUUAACUUUAUUCUAAAAAAAGUUCUAAAACUUUUUAAGGAAAAUCAAGAAAAUUAUUUAAAAACCGUUUAAAAGACUUUUAAUGCAGGAAGACUCCUUUAAAGAUUUCGAACAUAAAUGGACUUGAACUACCAGUAGUAUUAUGCUUUAAAAAAUAUACAAGUAUAAAUAGUUUAAUCAAAGGCAGGUCAAGGCAGUGUCUUGAGUUUAAUUUCCUACAAGAAAAAAAUUCUCAAGAAAUCAUCAAAAAAAAUCACAAAGAAUUGCAAAAAAUGUUGCAGACGCGGAGAUGGUUAAUAAAGUGAGAAAAAAAUGCAUUAUUUAGAUAAAACAUCUUGGAUUAUUAUUUACUGCACGAGCUGAAUAAUGUGAAGAGGAAAAUUAAACAAUAGUCCCCCA